AUGAUUUAUUUAAAAGGUAGUAGUUGUAGAUUAUUUGAAAGAUGUAGUUUAGAAAAUAUAGAAGAAGAUAUCGAGAUCAUUUUCGGAUCAGAUAUACUUCAAGAGUUAGAGAUGAAGAUAGAAAUAAGAAAUAAGAAGUGGUAUUUAGAGUUCAAUGGAGUAGAGAUAGUAGUAGUAAAUCAGAAAGUAGAUAAAGAAAUAGUAAUAGAUAGUAAAGUAAAUAAUAAUAAUGAGAAAGAGAUAUUAGAGGAAGUAAGAGAGUUAAUAGUUAAAGAAGAUUUAGAGGGAUUGGAGAAGAGGAUGGUGGAAAUCUUUAGAGAAACCGCCAAACUUCAAAAUCAUGGAAAGAGAUAA